AUGACAAAUCCAAUUUUUUAUAAGUUACCACAUACAUUAUUAGCAAAGAUUGUCAGUUUUAUCGAGUUAAAUAUAGAUAGGAUUGCUUUUACUUUGGUUUGUAAAGGUUGGUUCGACAAUAGAGAAAAAUAUCUUGUUUUACACACAAAACAAUUCAUUAGUUUCGAUGCUGAAUACAAUAACACCUUUUUAAAAUCAUAUAAUAAAUUUAUAAUACAGUCAAAUAACUCUGCACACUAUAACUCAAUAUGUGUAACAUCGAUUUCUCAACCAAAACACGCUCUUCAUAGAUACCUAUUUCAUAAAAACAAUAAUAAUAAUGAAGUUAAUAACAACAGCAGCAACAGCAACAAUUAUAGCAAUAUUGAUAAAGGUGGUUUAAUAGCUUUUAAAGAUCAGGUAGAACAUCUUUAUUUUACAGAUCACUACAGAGAACAUAUUGACGAUGGUUUUAUGAGAUCAGUCGGACUAUCCAAUAUUACAACGAUCUAUUUCAGUAAACUUUUUAAUCAACCUAUUCAACCAAACUUCUUUCCUCGAACCAUAGAGAAGUUGGUUUUCGGUGAGAAGUUCAAUCAACCAUUGACAGUAGGGUGCUUUCCUGUUGGACUUAAAACUCUAGAGUUUGGCAAGGAUUUCAAUCAGCUGAUAGAUACAAGUGGUAUUCUCCCUGACAAUUUGGAAUCUAUUAUAUUUGGGGCUGGUCUUACAAGGUUAUCAUUGAAAGGACUGCCACCGAAACUCAAACUUCUUAGAUUCUCACAGUCGGAUCUCGGUCAUUAUACAUCGAUUGUUGAUUAUCAUCAAGACAACUCUCUUGAAUCACUGGUGAGAUUAGAGAACCUACCAGAUAACCACGCAUCAAAGAUCAAAUGGAUAAAUUUCAAGUCAUUACAAUACUUUAGUAUGAGUUAUUGUGCAGGGGAAAUGAUUAUGGGCUACGUCAAAGAAAGUGUCGCUUUUCCUUUGACCAUAACGACAUUGGAUUUACGAAUGUGUUCAACGACGAUGAUAUUUAACGUGGAUAGCUCAAUUGUAUUACCACCGAAUCUAAAGAAGUUAUUUUUACCACGAGGUUGGACUUACAGCCUGAAGAUCUUGGCAUUUCCAGAUGGCUUGACAAUGUUGCAUAUGGGUUACUCUUACAACCUACCACUAAAAUCCAAGUAUUUCCCUCAAUCACUCAAAAAACUAGAGAUACCAUUCAUGUUCAAUCAAAAACUCAACGAAAAGUCAUUACCUCGCCACUUGGAAUCUAUUACUUUCGGAGAGAAUUUCAACCAGAAAUUAAAACCAAAAGUAAUACCUAAAACAGUGAGAAAGUUGACAUUCAAUUGCUCAUUCGAGAAAUAUCCACUUUUAUCAUCUGCUUUUCCGCCCGGUCUAACAAAGCUAUCAUUCAACCCCAAUGCUCCACUCAAAGUAAAGCCAGGCGUCAUUGUUGAAUCUGUCAACAUAUUGACUUUUAGAGAUUGCUUUUUCGCGAAACAAAUCAAAUCGAUUCCACAAACUGUACAAACCAUCAUUCUUUACCAUAAAAAUAAAACAUACUACUUGAAGCGCAUAUCACCCAGCAAUUACCUGCUACUCAUUGAAUUAAAAUCUGUGAUAGAAAGUGGUGGAAUUUUGGUAGAGACAAUCAUCAUAAGUUUUUCACAUCUCAAUACCGGGAAUAAUAGUAAUAGUAGUAGUAGUAGUAUUCCAACAAGAUGGGAUGUUUUAGAGAUGCUAAAUCAUCUAAUAUCACCAUUGAAAUGUUUACAAUGUGAACCUUACAACAAUAAUAAUAGUAAUAAUCAUUCAUCAUUAGAUAUUUAUUGUUUUAAAAUUAUAUUAUCAUCAAGAGAUUAUAAUCAAUUCAAUGAUAGAUUGUUAUCGAAUUCAAAUAUAACAUUUAAAGGAUCAAAGAAUAGAUAUCAAUUUACUUUGAAAGAAAGAGUAUCAUCAACAACAACAACAACAGCAACAACUAAAAAGACAACAACAACAACAAGAACAGUUUCAAUAUCUAAUUUACCGACAGCUUGGUUUACAAUCGAUAGCUGUAGACCAAGUGAACGUGGAUAUCCAUCUACAGCAACAAUUGAACAAACCUUUUCAUACUUUGGUGUGAUAGACAACAUUGAAAUCAUUGUGGAGUCAGAACAACAACAUCUUAGAGCUAUGAUCAUUGUUAAUAAUAAUAAUAAUAAUAUCCAACAAGAGGAUCUAGAUAUAGAUGAUUCGACUUUAGAUACAUUGUUAUACUUUCAAGUGGUGAUUGGAUUUCAAAGUAUUGAUAGUUCAGUCAGUUGCUAUGAAACGCUAAGUAACUAUACGAUGUUCAAUGUUAGGAAUGGCGAGAAUUACGUUGUUGCUCCACAUCCGGUGGAGAUAAACUAUCAUGACGAUUCGUUCUUCUCAGAGGUGGCGAUGAGAAGACGACGAUUUCAACGCGAACAGAUUCAUUUGAACUUGAAGCUUCGACUGGAAGCAAAACAGAAAGAGAAGGAGAGACGAGCGGCCAAUGAGGAAGCGGCGAGACUGCGGAAGAGAGAAGAACACGAGAAACGACAGAGAGAACGACUUAGGCGAGAACUAGAGGAAAAAGAGCGGAGAGCAAGAGAAGAAGAGUUAGAGAAUCGAAAGUUACUCGAGAAACUUCUACGCAGAGAAGCAAAAGAGAGACAACGUCAAGAAGAAUUGGAAAAUAAAAGAUUGCAACAACUUGAAGAAGCAGAACAACAACUUCAGCAACAAAAACAAGUAGAGUUGGAAUUGUUAGAAAAGAUAGCUAUUAAACAACAAAUCGAAAGAGAACAACAACAACAACAACAACAGGUAGAAGAAGAAAUAAGAGUUAUAGAUGAAGAUAAAGAUAAAAGCUUGACAAUCAAAGAACAAUCUAUUAUUAGAUUAAAUCAACUUAGAGAAUGGUUAAAGAAAGCUCAAGAUUUUUGUCCAAAUCAAUUCCUCAUGGAAUGGCAACUACCGACCAAUCAAAAACAAUAUCAAUAUUAUAUCGAUAGGGAAUCACAACUUCUUAGCAAUCAUACCGACAAUCAAACCAUUCAUAUUCCUUGUAAAGCAAUACCUACCGAUGCAUAUUUAAAGAAAUGGUCAACAAAUAAGCAACAACAUACAGACAACAAAGAUACAGAUGCAUCAUGA